UCCUUGCGUGUAUAAAUCCCCCAUCAACUCCCUCACAAAAUCCCCCCCUUCCCCACUCCACUCUUCACUUUACAUGCAUUAAGGUUUUCAAAUAUAGUCUUGAUGCUCAGACCUCUGUUCUUCAUGUUCGAAUUUGAUGUCUCAAACUCUUAGUGAACUACUUCUUUUAGUGUUUAUGAUCAGUUCUACUUAUCGGCGCAGGACUCACUUAGUUCAAUCCUUCUCUGUUGUUUUCCUCUACUGGUUGUACUUCGUUUCAUAACUUUAAUCACCUCGAAUUAUUAUAUUUUUACUAGCAUUAUUCACUUAUUAUUAAUAAGCAUUUAGCUAGCUUUUUUUCAUCAUUGUCCUGUUUUUUUUUAAGUUUUUAUGGCAUCUUCUAGUGGAAUAACAACAACUUCAGGUUCACUUAACACGGACUUGUACCAGCAACAUCUGCAGCAGCUUCUGGAUCAGAGAAAGAGCAAGAGGAAGAUGUCGAAUCGUGAAUCAGCUAGGCGGUCUAGGGUGCGAAAGCAGAAGCACUUGGAUGAGCUUAUGGCUCAGCUGGCUCAGCUCAGAAAAGCCAACAAUCAGUUGGUUAUGAUUAUGAAUGUCACCGCUCAAGGUUUACUUAAUGUUGAGGCGGAAAACUCUGUCUUGAGAGCUCAAGUGGCUGAACUCGAGGCCAGGUUGGAGUCGCUCAAUGAGAUUAUUGGCUUUUUGGAUAUUGAAAAUGAAGGGUUUGGUAUCAAUGAGGAGUUCUGUUACAAUGCUGUUAAUGAUUCUGCGGAUAUGUUCAUGUUAAACGUUAACAGUUCCAUGAGUUAUAUGUAUGCUAAUCAGCUGCCGAUCAUGGCCUCUGCGGACAUGUUGCAGUAUUAACAACCCUCAAGGAAGCUCACAGGGUUGGCCUCAACAACAUAUCAGUAAUAUUUUAUGUGAAAUACACUUUCUCAGAUCUUCGAAAGCACAACUAUGUUACUUGUGCUAUCACUAAAAUAUGUUCCGCUAGAACAAAGAAUCAUGUAACAGAAAUAGUAUGUGCUAGGGAAAUGAGGAUAUGUAUGUUUAUAUGGUUCUUGCAUAUAUUGUAGGAAAUAAGGAUGUCGUAAAUAUUGUAAGUUUUCAGUAAGAUUUUACGGUGUUUACUUCUUAGUAA